AUGCCUGUGAACAGCUCUGUCGCCAACUGCUGCGAGGCCGGCGGGCUGGCAGUGCGCCCGGGUUGGUACCAGGCGGCAGCGGGAGCGGGGCCCUCCGGGACUCCCCGAGCACCCUGGGUGGCUCCCGCGCUAUCUACGGUAGUCGUUGUCACCACAGCCGUGGACUUUGUGGGGAACCUCCUUGUCAUCCUCUCUGUGCUCAGGAACCGCAAGCUGCGGAACGCAGGUAAUUUGUUUGUGGUGAGUCUGGCCUUGGCUGACCUGGUGGUAGCCUUGUACCCUUACCCACUGAUCCUUGUGGCCAUUGUCCAUGACGGUUGGGCCCUCGGGGAGGCCCACUGCAAGGCCAGCGCCUUCGUGAUGGGCGUGAGUGUCGUUGGCUCUGUCUUCAACAUCACAGCCAUCGCCAUCAACCGCUACUGGUGCAUCUGUCACAGUGCAAGCUACCACCGGCUCUGCAGUCACCGACACGCCCCGCUCUACAUCAGCCUCGUCUGGCUCCUCACUUUGGUGGCCUUGCUGCCCAAUUUCUUUGUGGCGUCUCUAGAGUAUGACCCACGCAUCUAUUCCUGCACCUUUAUCCAGACAGCCAGCACCCAGUACACUGCCGCUCUGGUAGCCGUCCACUUCCUCCUUCCAAUUGCUGUGGUGGCCUUCUGCUACCUGCGGAUCUGGGUACUGGUGCUCCGGGCCCGAAGGAAGGCCAAGGCUGAGAGCAAGCCACGUCUGAGGCCCGGUGACUUGCGCAGUUUCCUAACCAUGUUCGCGGUGUUUGUGGUUUUUGCCGUAUGCUGGGCCCCCCUCAACUGCAUCGGCCUUGCAGUGGCCAUCAACCCAGAGGCAGUGGCUCUCCGGGUCCCAGAAGGGCUCUUCGUCAUCAGCUACUUCCUAGCUUACCUCAACAGCUGCCUCAAUGCCAUUGUCUAUGGGCUCCUGAACCAGAACUUCCGAAAGGAGUACAAGAGGAUUCUCUCACCCCUCUGGAACACGGGGCGCUGCUUCCAUGAUGCUUCCAAAAGCUGCCUGGCUGAGGAGCUGCGGGGCUCCACGCCGCCUGCUGCCAGGGCUUCCGCGCCCGUCCAGGAGGGUGCUCUCUAG